AUGUUUUUAGAAACCUUUGGAUUUCGUUCUGUAUCCAUAGAAGAUGGUCUAAUUUUAAUUAAUAAUAAACAUUUUUAUUGUUUUGGGUUUGGAAUGCAUGAAGAUUUUGAAGUUCAUGGAAGAGGCUUUGACCGUUCUGUAAUGAUUAAAGAUUUAAAUAUUUUUGAAUGGCUUAAUGCUAAUUGUUAUAGAACAUCACAUUACCCUUAUAGUGAAGAAAGAGCCUAUGAAGCUGAUAGAAGGGGAAUUGUUGUUAUUACUGAAGUGUCUGCCGUGGGAUUAAGGUAGGAAUAUAGCCCAUGACCAAAUGUGUUGAAGAAUUUGGAGUCAGAUAUUGUUUGAGUUUUUUUCCGG